UUUAUGUUGGGGGAAGGGGACGGGGAACGGGGACGAAAAAGCUCUCGUGGUGCCGUAAUUUAGUGCUCGCUUCAAAACCUUCCGUUCCCUAUCUGCUGAAUCUUCAGAUGUAAAUUUCGCUUCAUUUUAUGUAUUCUGGGGAAAUAUUAAUAAAAGUGGAAUAGCAGUAACUAAGACUGUUACAGUGGAAGCAGGAAAACGGCAAAAAUGUAUUCCAGUGGAGCAGCUGGUGCUGCUGAGAUGUGCGAGGGACCUCACUCCACUGGGUCUGGUGGUUCUGCACCCCCUUCUCCUCCGAUGCCGGAGUAUGUGUUCAAACCGCCACCACGGCCAGACUUUGGCACCAUGGGCAGGACAAUCAAACUGCAGGCCAAUUUCUUUGAGAUGGAGAUCCCAAAGCUCGAGGUCUACCAUUAUGACAUUGACAUCAAGCCUGAAAAGUGUCCAAGAAGAGUCAAUCGAGAAAUCGUAGAGCACAUGGUCCAGCACUUUAAAACUCAGAUCUUUGGGGAUCGAAAGCCAGUCUACGAUGGGAGGAAAAACCUCUACACAGCCAUGCCCCUGCCUAUAGGGAGGGAAAAGGUGGAGCUGGAGGUGACCAUCCCAGGGGAGGGGAAGGACAGGAGCUUCAAGGUGGCAAUAAAAUGGGUUUCCUGCGUCAGUCUACAGGCGCUUCACGAAGCGCUGUCCGGACGGCUGCCGAACAUCCCCUUCGAAACAAUCCAGGCCCUGGAUGUGGUGAUGCGACAUUUGCCCUCUAUGAGGUACACGCCCGUCGGCCGCUCUUUCUUCACUCCCUCAGAAGGCUGCUCCAACCCCCUGGGAGGGGGGCGAGAGGUCUGGUUCGGCUUCCACCAGUCCGUCAGGCCCUCGCUCUGGAAGAUGAUGCUGAACAUCGACGUGUCGGCCACCGCGUUUUACAAAGCCCAGCCUGUGAUCGAGUUCAUGUGCGAGGUUUUGGAUUUCAAAAGCAUAGAGGAACAACAGAAGCCCUUAACGGAUUCCCAGAGAGUCAAGUUUACCAAGGAGAUCAAAGGUUUUCCCUCCACGGGGGCCGCAGGUCUGAAGGUGGAGAUCACACACUGUGGACAGAUGAAGAGGAAGUACAGAGUGUGCAACGUGACCAGGAGGCCCGCCAGCCACCAAACGUUUCCUCUGCAGCAGGAGAACGGACAGACCAUGGAAUGCACUGUAGCCCAGUACUUCAAGGACAAGUACAAACUGGUGCUGCGCUACCCCCAUCUCCCCUGUCUGCAGGUGGGGCAGGAGCAGAAGCACACCUAUCUCCCCCUCGAGGUUUGUAACAUUGUGGCAGGGCAGCGAUGUAUAAAGAAGCUCACAGACAAUCAGACUUCCACUAUGAUUCGUGCCACAGCCAGAUCCGCCCCCGAUCGACAGGACGAGAUCAGCAAACUGAUGAGAAGUGCCAACUUUAACACGGACCCUUACGUUCGGGAGUUCGGGGUCAUGGUGAGGGACGAGAUGACGGAGGUGAACGGGCGCGUCCUCCAGGCGCCCUCCAUUCUCUACGGCGGCAGGAACAAGGCGAUAGCGACUCCCAUCCAGGGCGUGUGGGACAUGAGGAACAAGCAGUUCCACACCGGGAUCGAGAUCAAAGUGUGGGCCAUCGCCUGCUUCGCCCCCCAGCGGCAGUGCACCGAGCUCCUGCUGAAGGCCUUCACUGACCAGCUGCGGAAGAUCUCGCGCGACGCGGGGAUGCCCAUCCAGGGCCAGCCCUGCUUCUGCAAGUACGCCCAGGGUGCGGACAGCGUGGAGCCCAUGUUCAAGCACCUGAAGUACACCUACCAGGGCCUGCAGCUGGUGGUGGUCAUCCUGCCCGGGAAAACGCCCGUCUACGCCGAGGUGAAGCGGGUGGGCGACACGGUGCUGGGCAUGGCCACGCAGUGCGUGCAGGUGAAGAACGUGCAGAAGACCACCCCCCAGACCCUGUCCAACCUCUGCCUGAAGAUCAACGUCAAGCUGGGCGGGGUCAACAACAUCCUCCUCCCGCAGGGCAGGCCCCUGGUGUUCCAGCAGCCGGUGAUCUUCCUGGGCGCCGACGUGACUCACCCUCCCGCCGGAGACGGAAAGAAGCCCUCUAUCGCCGCGGUGGUGGGCAGCAUGGACGCCCACCCCAGUCGCUACUGCGCCACCGUGCGGGUCCAGCAGCACCGGCAGGACAUCAUCCAGGACCUGGCCGCCAUGGUGCGGGAGCUGCUCAUCCAGUUCUACAAGUCCACCCGCUUCAAGCCCACGCGCAUCAUCUACUACCGGGACGGCAUCUCCGAGGGCCAGUUCAACCAGGUGCUCCAGCACGAGCUGCUGGCCAUCCGGGAGGCUUGCAUCAAACUGGAGAAGGACUACCAGCCCGGGAUCACGUUCGUGGUGGUGCAGAAGCGCCACCACACCAGGCUCUUCUGCAUGGACCGAAAUGAGAGGGUGGGGAAAAGUGGCAACAUCCCUGCCGGUACCACAGUGGACACUAAGAUCACCCACCCUUCAGAGUUUGACUUCUACCUGUGCAGCCACGCUGGCAUUCAGGGCACCAGCAGGCCCUCCCAUUACCACGUGCUGUGGGACGACAACCAUUUCACUUCGGACGAGCUGCAGGUGCUCACCUACCAGCUGUGCCACACCUACGUGCGCUGCACGCGCUCCGUCUCCAUCCCGGCGCCCGCCUACUACGCGCACCUGGUGGCGUUCCGCGCUCGCUACCACCUGGUGGACAAGGAGCACGACAGUGCCGAAGGCAGCCACACCUCGGGACAGAGCAACGGACGGGACCAGCAGGCCCUGGCCAAGGCGGUGCAGAUCCACCAGGACACCCUGCGCACCAUGUACUUCGCCUGAUUCAAGCACGCGUGGGGGGGAGGGGGGGGAGGGCCGUGGUCAACGGGCUCGAACGACAAAAACCCCGCCGCCCUUUCCCUCCCCCGGCCACCACCCAGCGGACACGCCCGAGCACUUUCCCUCCGCUGUGCCGACUCCUGCGGCCCGACCCUCGGGGAAGGCCUCUCCAGCCCCCCACAGGCUGCCCACUGCAAACCCUGUAUGUAAACCCUGUAUGUAAAGCCGUCUCCUGCCAUACCUCAAGCAGCACGGGGGGGGAGCAGGUUCACGUAAAACAGAAGGUGUGGCCUAGGGGUGUCUAACUGUAUAAUACACUUCAUAGAUGCGAACACGGCCAUGUAUAAGGUACACUAGAGGUGUCAAACGCAGCUCCUGGAGGACCAGAGGUAUUCUAGCCUCUGGCUCUGGCCUCUGCUUUUAAUGACUUGAAUUACUAAUUUCAUUCCACUUUUUACGUUUUUUUUGCAAAAGCAAAAUCACAUUUGACGUUGAAUAUACAGCUGUAGUGCAGAAUUGUGUGUAGACAGUAGAUUAAGUAACAGUACAAAUUAAGCCAUAUUGGUUAAAACGAACCCCAGCGUUCACGCGGCCCUCCUGAAAUGCCCUUUGACACCUCUGCCGUCCCUGUACGUGUACGUAACACGGAGAGAGGGAAGGCUUGUUUUAAAUUCUUUUUUUUUUUCUUUAAACAUGCCUUUUUAAUUUUAAUUUUGUUUAAAUGUCUGACAAUGAGCAUUUAGGGAGAGUCGAGCUCACACACGGGUUUUUUGUUUUACAUUGUUGCAUGUUCAUUUUUAAAUUCUGGGGCUGGUGGGGGGGCGGGGCUUUUACAGAAGGGUUGUUGUGGAGGGUGGGCAGGCACGGGCGGCGGGAUGCGAGUGAGCUGGGCUCCGACGCCACGGCGCCGUUCCUCUCGCCCCUCGUGAACCGCUGGGCGAGCGCCGAGCGGAACCGCGUACCGCGGGACGCACGCAGCCCAUUAGCGCAUUCGUUUAUUUAAUUGUUCCGCUUCACCGUUCUGUCGGGCUGCUCUUUCCGAAACGAGCCGCCCGAGCUUCCAGGGCGGGGCUCGGUGUCGAAACGGGACGAACGCCCCUCGGCGCGGCUCGAGAGCGGGGCGGAGUUUCUGGUCAGACCCCGGCCGUCGCCGAGCGGAAGCGAAAACCUCGUUCGGCUUUACGCGAUUCACCUUUAACAAUCUUUUUUUUCCUGUUUUCGCUGUUGCUGUUUUAAUGAAUUAGCAUUUAGAUGACUCGCGCAUUUUGCUUUUAAGCUUUGAGUACUAAUAUUUACUGACUUGAGUGAAAAUGAAAGCCCUUUCGGAGAUUUUAGCGCAUUCAAGAUGAUUUGCCGCCAUUUUAUAUCCAGAGUCCUGACAUGCCAUCAUCAGUCUGUUAUGGGGCAGCUACAGCAACUGUAAUGGACCGGCGUAGGAGUUCAUAUUCAGCAUCUCCAUUGUCCAGUGGCACUUUAAGUGAGAAUAAGGGUCUUCUGCACCUUGUUAAGCUCCCAUACCAGCUGUCCAGUUCCCAGUUCAACUGGGUGUGUAUAUACAUGGUUAAAAGUUAAAUUAUAUGUACACAUGAAUUUUCACUGUCAUUACAGAGCAUGCUUCCUCUUGACACAAUCCUGUGGCAUAUGAAUCUGUCAGGCUUUGGAUUGCAGAAAUCUCACAUUGUGACUAAAAGACUUUAAGCCAGGUGUUUUUUGUUGUUGUUGGUUUUUAAUUUUAUUUUUAAAAAGCUCAUUUACGUAAUGCAAAGAGGGGUAUAUUUAUAUAUCCCACGCAAGUUAAGCAGGGUUUGAUGCAAAGUUUAUAUUUUGGGGAGGGGAGGGCAUUUGUGAUUUGUGGCUUUUGGGGACUGGAGAAACUUCAAAUGAUUGUUGAUGUAGAUUUCAACAAUUUUAAAUACAUCGGCCCAUAUUUUACUGUAGGAAUGGGUCUUUUACUAACAGGCAAUGUGUCAACAUUUCUGUACAUCUUUUGUUUUAAUGCAAGUACAGCCUUCCAGAGUAGUCUCGUUUUCAAAAAUAAUAGUUUGUGUUUUACUUCAGAUUACUGUAAGUUUUUUUUUUCAUUCAUUUUUAGCUUAGGAUAUUAAUGAUAGGUUAGCUGGAGGAGUGUGGUUGUAAUGCUUUUUCUAACUAUGCAGUGUUUUAUAGCCAAGUAUUUUAGCAGUUAUAUAUGUAUAUGUCAUAGGGUGAUUGGCAAUGACUUUAUUAGAUGAAUGGUAGUCUUAUAGAUUUUUUUCAGAGCUGUGCAUUUAAUAGUCCGCACCUUUAUUGCUGUGGAGAUCCCCGUUCCCAUAUGUAUUCGUAGUCAUGCUGUGUCCUUUGUACGUGGCACACCAUUAAUCACUUAGCUAAACAAUAUUGCUGACUUUUUCUUUUUACUAAUUGUAAUUGGUGUCCUAUAGCAAUUAAGCACAACUGGACAUUUUAAUUAUGGGUGCUAGUUUCGCAGAGUGAGGAUAUUUAACGCGUUUGGCCCAUGUAAUUUUACCAAAAACAAAACGAUAAACAAAAAAAACACCCUUUUCAUCAAUAUUCAGUGAGGUGCUUCGGCAGCUGAAGCCAUCUCACCUUUUAGCUUUUUAUUUGUCGUAUUUAUUUUACAUCUUUAUUUAAAUAUGGAUGUACUUUCUCUGACCGAUAAUGUGUAACGGGCAUUGUUUGAAUCAUUGUUUGAGUACUUGAUAUUUUCGCUCGACAUUUUUUCAAUCUGUGCAGCGCUGGUCUCGCAAUAUUUCGAUGCACUUUGAACCGUCAGAGUUUAGAGGCGAAUCCCAGCAGUUGGAGCAGCGGUCUCUGAAAUGCAGAAUCACUUCAGCGUAAUUGUGUGGAAAUGGCUGUGCGUACUACCUCUUGUUACCUGUUGAAAUUAAUGGUAACAUAAUAGCGUCGGUCAUUUCCUCACAAUUGCGCGUUAUGUAGACGAAAUCGCGUGUCUGUCCACUGCAGUCCGAAAGUGCCAGCUGCGAGGACACGCGCGCUGUACCAAUUGCGCCUCUCCUAGCAUCUCCGACGCCGUUUGGAAGCUGAUCGACUUUUCCGCGUAGAAUUCGUGACCAGCUAAAAAGUUCUCGCCGUGCAGAUCAACCGAUUCAGCAGUCUCUCACCAUGCCCGCACCAUUUGUGAUUGUUCUCACCUGAUUACAUACUCCAUAACAUCAAAAAUGCUACCGGUUGUCAAUCAUUGUAAAAUGGAGAGCUGUGUUAAAACAACACUUUGAAAACCAAGACUGCCUAAAGUAAGUCAGGACAGUGCAAAAAAAAAAAAAAAAAGAUACGGAAACCGAUUCACUCGGCCUAUACAAUAUUUGCCUCGUGCCUGCCUUUAAAGGGGGCAGUCAGGCUUAAAAAACCUCAGGAUACACAGAAAGCUUGUUUUUAUGAAUUGAUUUGUAGGAAUUAAUUUGAUAGCAAAUGUAGUCCCUACAUUGUUUAUGCUUUAAUUUGGCUAAAUCCAACAUUGGUUUACUUGGACAAAACACUGAAGUAUUAAUUUAUUAGUAUUAUGUAUUUAAAUUUGAACGCACAGACAAUUUAUCUGCUACUGUGGAUAUUUUUUUUUAAGUGCACACAGCCUGGUCUUUAGUUUUCAGAGUACUUCAUAACUACCUGAAACGCCAUGAUAAAGUGUAUUUAUAGACGCAAAGCUGACUAUGCUGACCGACUGAGUGGAUUCUCCAGAGCAAAAACAAUGAACUGAAAAACAGCAGUACCUGUGUUUUACCACUAUGUGGAGCGAGAGUGUCAAGAGCCUGAUCCCAUUAGUUGCUGUCUCGGAACCGUGCCUGUUCUGGUUCUCUGGUUUAAACACCUGCUCCUGCUCAGUGUUGAAGAGAAGCAAUCCUUAAAGGACACCCACAUAAAGGUGUUUGCAUAUCCAGGGGAAUGUGACGUUCCUGUUGCAAUGUGAACACUAAAAUGAUCAGACCGCCCUUUUUGAAUGAUGCAUUUAAUUGAGGAUAUCAACCGCCUGAUUUUCUUUCAUAUUUUGUGUGUUGGUUUAAAGAAAGAAAAUUCCUUCACUCGCGUCUUUUUUUUUUUAUCAAGACAAUUAUCAAAAGUGCUUU